AUGGACGAACCACAGCUACAAGCCAUGGGUCAGGACCAUUCCAUGUCUUCCUCGCCGGACGAGGCGGUGGCGGGGUCCUCAUCAUCGGAUCCCACACCGAUUGACUUGCGUGCCCAUCAGGACCUCCUCCGUCGGGUGGCACAAGCCAUCAACCUCCCGGUCGCAGAGGUCACUGAGGACGAGGAUCCGAAAAAUGCCACUACAAUCUGGCAAUCACCUGCGUCCAUCCCUCCCACUGCUCGAGGCGUGGAGCGAAAGUACUCCGUGCCCCCGACCGGGUACGAGUACCUGUAUACGCACCCGGCCCCAGACUCCCUCGUUGUGCAGUCGGUGAAUGACCGGGAGAGGAAUGGGCCGCCCGCGCCAGCGCCAAAGUCCAAGGAUGCGUGCAGGAUGGACCUAUUGGGCCGUAAGGUCUAUUCGGCUGGCGGCCUUCAACUACGGAUAGCCAGUCAGUUGGCUGUCCUUGCCCGCUAUGCAUACGACAACUUCGUGGCCCUCUCUAAGUUUACGGAGUUGAUUCCCACAUCCUCCAGCAAGCUCAAACCAUCUCUGACCGUGGAGGAAAACCGUGAGCUCCUUGGUCAGUGCUUCAAAAGUUUAUUUCCCCUUCCUCCCUUGGAGAAGAUGAAAGAGGAAGACGGGACAGCAAAGGAUGCUCUGCAUAUACAACUCCUCAGGAAAUGGUUCAGUUCGGGGAAGGAGUGGGAGAGAGAACGGGCCUUGCAGGCCAGCACCCAGCUGCAGACUGCCUAUCAAGAGUAUGAUCCCGAGCUUUCGUCACGGCAGUUUGGGGUUGAGCUCUCCCGACUGACCAAUGAGGAGCGAGCGGUGCCACUGGUGGUGGAGAAGCUCAUAAACUACAUUGAAAUGCAUGGAUUGUACACCGAGGGCAUUUACAGGAAGUCAGGCUCAACCAAUAAGAUAAAGGAGCUCCGACAGGGUCUUGAUACAGAUAUUGACAAUGUGAAUCUAGAUGACUACAAUAUUCAUGUCAUUGCCAGUGUGUUCAAACAGUGGCUGAGAGAUUUGCCCAAUCCCCUCAUGACCUUCGAACUCUACGAGGAAUUUCUGCAAGCUAUGGGCCUGCAGGAGAGGAAGGAGACCAUCCGAGGCGUGUACUCUGUCAUUGAUCAGCUCUCUCGCACCCACCUCAGUACCCUGGAACGCCUCAUCUUUCACCUUGUGAGGAUUGCCCUGCAGGAAGAGACCAAUCGAAUGUCAGCUAAUGCCCUGGCCAUUGUGUUUGCUCCCUGUAUUCUCCGCUGUCCUGACACAACUGACCCACUGCAGAUCGUUCAGGACAUCAGUAAAACAACCACCUGUGUGGAGUUGAUUGUCGUAGAGCAGAUGAAUAAAUACAGGGCUUGUCUCACGGACAUCAACAGCCUGGAGUUUGCUGAGAACAAAGCAAAAAGCAGGCUGUCUUUGAUCCACAGAUCAGUGCCUCAGGAAACUUUUCAUCAGUUUGGAUCUCUGAUUGGAGCAAUAGCACCAUACAGCUGUGAUUCACUGGCCACGUCUCGUCAGUGGGUGUUUGACUGUAUCAGCUGCCUUCUCUGUAUACAAGGCCAGCCCAUGAACCUGGGGUCAGUGGAAGAGGAGCUGAGAUGUCUCCAUGAAGAACUAACAGCAGCUCCGGACCCCGAGGCUUUGUUUCAGGCCUCUUCCAAAAUGGCCAGGGUUGUUAGUAAGUACUUUCCCCCAGAACAGGCCACAGCCUUUAUUGAGGCCACAGUGGAAAGUAUGCUGUCUGCCAGCCCCACCUGUGCCACAGCAGCUGGACUGUGGAUGAAGGUUAUACUGAAGGAGUGUGGAGAUGCCAUGCUUGAUAAGGUGCCAGCUAUUGUGGAUAUAAUAUAUAGCCACAUGGCUACUAUCCAGGAGGGCAGCUUGAGGCAAUUCCUGCUGGAGGCAGUGUCUAUUUUAGCUCACCAUCACCUAGAGGCAGUGAUCUCCAGCCUACUCAGCAACCAUCUGCCAAUGGACAGUGACACCAGUGAGCAGUGGAGAUCUCUAGGGGAAGACCCCUUGCUUGCCAUUCAGGUCCUACAGGUCCUAAUAGAAAAAAUAAAGACGUCAACAAGCCAAGAAGAAAGCAUCACCUCAGAGACUGAAACUGACAGGCAUUUGGCAGCUGCUGAACCUCUCUCAGCAACAUGUGCCAUCUUUGAGGUGGUGUCAGCACAGCAGUCGAGCAAAGCUGUGCAGGAGCUGCUCCCAGAGUUGUUUCCUGUUCUCCUGCAGCAGGUCAGCCGAACCUCAGGACAAAAGAUGCCUUUGCCAAGGAUAAGAAGCCGGAGCCUAUUCCAAAAAGACCAACAACAUACUGAGGGCAACCCUUGCCGGUUUUCUGUCCAAGCGUUAGAAUCUGUGCUUUCCAAAGCUGGGAAUGAGAGACUGGUGAGAGUGCUCAGGACGCAGAAAACAUGGAUUCUGCUUGAAAACCCCCAGACUCACCAUGAGGGAGUGUGUCUGCUGGUGAGUGGUCUGCUAAGAUUUGGACUAAUAACACUUGAGAUCAUCCAGAGCCUCCUCCCCUGGGUGAAUUCCCCAAUGGAAAACUUCCGAGUCACUGGCACAGCUUUCCUUGCCCAGCUAAUGACUGAUCCCAUGCUCAGGGAGAAGAAGUUGCUUAAGAGUGUCUUGCGCAUCUUGGAAGAAAGGUCACAGGAUAGGAACAGCAUUGUCCGUCAGAUGGCUGUAAGAGGCCUAGGAAAUAUAGUCGAUGGGGCGCCUGUGAAGGUGAAAAAAUACAAGACGUUUCUUCUGGACAUACUGAUCGGGGCCUUACAUGAUAUUUUCAGUUCUGAAGUGAUUGGUGAGAGCAUGAAAGCACUGGCCAAAGUCCUGAAGGAGCUGAAAGAGAAGGACAUUGGUUCUUCCUUCAAAGACCUCACCCAACAGAUCCGGACCUACUUUGACGAUGAGGACGAUGCUCUUCGCUCAGUGGCCUUUGUCCUAUUUGGCAUCCUGGCUCAGUUGACAAAGAAAAAACAGAAGGCCUAUUUCGCCGAUCAGGUUCGAAAGAGCUGGGUCAUACUUCUGCUGCACCUGCAAGACCCAAGCCCCAAGGUUUCAAUGGAAUGCAGAGCUACAUUUCACCUCUGUUUCCCGUUUUUGGGACUGAAGAGACUCCAACAUGCGAUCAAUAAGCACCUUGGUGGCAGAGCCGAGCUGAAGCCUGAAGAGCUCCAGGUGGACAUUUGCAGACACCUUGCCAAAGAAAAUGCAGAACUGCUGGAGAACUUGUACAGCACCACCAUCACGUACUUCAGUAGCAGCUGGGAAUGGAUCCGGGCAGUUGCCGCCAACUUAGCUGGCAUCAUCCUGGAACACACAGACACUCAGCGUAUGAAAUGGCUGGACCUGGAACAUCUGCUGAUGUCUCUCCGGGUCCUAGAGAAAGACCCAAGUCCCACUGUCCAGCUGGUGGCAACGGAGAUCAUAAGUGACAUCUGUCCUGGCGGAGCACUUGGCGAAUGA